AAGCGAGAAGCUUUUCAUUGGCACUUGCUGAAGAACAUUCCGUUCCUGGUAUUCUGCGUCAGCAACACGUUUUUCCUGAUGGCCUUCAAGACGGCCUUCACCUUCAUGCCCGCCAUGGUCUUGUCAAAAGGUCUCACAAGAACUGAAGCGGCUUUAGUUUUGACCAUCUCAGGAGCGCUUGACACAUUUGGUCGCAUGGCAACCGGUAGAUUACCUGACUUCUUCGUAAAGAAUGGUUUUAUUUUUUUAAUCUCUUAAAAAAAAGAGAUCCAUAAUUUACAUUUUACUCAUUUCUAACCUCUUUCUGUUAAUGUCAAUUUAAAAAGCCAGUCUUCACAAUCCAAUUUUUCCGCUCAAUCAUUUUAAAACCUCAUAUAAGAUUUCUAUUGUAAAAUUCUGUUAGCGUUUACGUCACUUGUUUAAAAGGCUUAUUUUUCAUUUAGCUUUACUUUGUACAGAAAGCGACUAAUGUCCUCUGAUCGAACAUCUUGUUUGAUUUGUUCAGGUUUCCUCAUGGACAUCCCGGCAUGUCGACCAUUCCGGCCUUACGUCUUCAAUCUUCUCCUGUUCUUCAUCGCCGGAGCGUCCUUCUUGGUGCCCUCAUUGGACACAUUUGCUGCUUUCUGUGUGGUAAGCUCGGCGUAUGGGUUUAUGACCGGUGCGUUCAUUUCCCAGAAAAUUGUGGUGCUGGUUGACAUUCUAGGUAGAGAGGUCAUGCCUAGUUCCCUGGGAAUCAACAGGGUGUUCCAGGGCGUGGGAACACUUGUAGGUCCACCUUUUGCAGGUUAGUUCACAGUUAUUAAUUUUUAUGUAUUUGACAUUUCGUUGGAAAGACACAACUUUUUGUGGCAAAAAAAUUAACCAGAUGAAAUCUUUUCUUACCCCACAAUGUUAAACAGUUAGUAAGUUAUCUAAGUGUUUCUCCAAUGUUCAAGUAUUUCUCAACGUGGGCCUAGGGCACCACGGCGUAUUUCUCACUUUUUUCUUUAGAUCUUAAUUUGUUAUAGGGAAAAAAGUUAAUUUUUGUUUUUAAUCCAACACCAACAGGUGCUCUCAGAGAUGCGCUGGGAACGUUUGACAGCUCGUUUUAUCUGGGCGGAGCUUGCAUGUUUGGGGCGGGGCUUCUUAUGACACUUAGCAACAUUCUACUAAAAGUACAGAAACACAAGCAGAAG